GGACUUCCGCGUUCCAAGUGACACUGCUCUGAAUAUUUCGCGGGAACUUGCAACAACAUCGAUAGGCACUGUUGUUGCGGAGAUAACGUUACACGUAAAACGAUAAAAGUAAGGUUAGAAUGGACCCUUCUGAGGUCGAAUUCCUUGCAGAGAAGGAGGUGGUGAAGAACCCCAAUUUCAGUCUUGACAAAAUCUACUUGAUCGGGGGCGAUCUUGGUCCUUUUAACCCAGGGCUACCUGUCGACGUGCCUGUGUGGCUGGCCCUCAAUCUGAAACAGAGGCAGAAAUGCAGGAUAGUGCCGCCAGAGUGGAUGGAUGUAGAGAAACUGGAGGAGAUAAGAGAGCUCGAGAGAAAGGAAGACGCAUUCACCCCAGUCUCCAGUCCAUACUACAUGGAGCUGACCAAGCUGCUACUCAACCAUGCAUCUGAUAACAUUUCCAAAGCGGAUGAGAUCCGCACGCUGGUGAAGGACAUCUGGGACACGCGCAUUGCCAAGCUCCGCCUCUCUGCUGACAGCUUCAUCAGCCAGCAGGAAGCACACGCCAAGCUGGACAACCUGACUCUGAUGGAGAUUAACACGACACGGUCGUUCCUGCUGGACACACUCAACUGCAUGUAUAAACUGUGCUCCAACCUGCAGCCCGGCUCCAGUGUGGGCAAAGCCCAGGACCACUGAUCUGUAUUUAUGGACUAGACCUGGACCUGCGCUGCAGCCUCUCCUUUCAGCAAGAUGGAGCAUACUUAGGCCCAGCUUUACUAAGCAUUUGCACCAGCUGCAAAGUAAAAUAAAAUCUGCGAUAAGGAGAAUGCGGACGGAAUCACGGAAUCCAGACAUUAAAACAGAUUUCAACAAAAUUCAAAAAUGCAUUGAACUUAGUAGGGAAUCAACUAAAGUUUAUCAUAAGACAUGAACAGAAUGCAUCAGUGAUUUGUAUUUCCUGCAACUUUCUGAAGAGUAUAUUUCUAAAAUAAUUCUCACACCUCAAAAGUGGUCUCUGAUGUGGUUUAAGCAUUCUUGUGGACUUAGAAAAUCCAAACUUGUUUUUCUAUUAAAAGUGUGAUUUUUGAGAGCGAAAACCUGAAAAAACGGGUACAUGGGAAACCUGGAAAAACAAAAUAGAGAAAAUGGAAUCAGGCAAAAAAUUUAAAACACAUUUUAUAGGGCCCUAAGUCUGGUCCUAGUGAAGUCAGAGCUGACCAGCAGUUCUUAUGAAGUGGGAGCACUUAUCUGAAGUUGUCAUGUCCCAACUAUCUGAUUCCUUAGUAGAAUGAGGGGAACAUUGGGAAAUCAAAGAAGCAACCUGCGAAACAUGUUAUAACAUUUACAUUUACAUCAUAACAUAUGUUUCACUAUGUGUCAUUAAAAUAUGUAUAUAUUUUUGGUAAGUGUGUGUUGUGACAAAGUGCAUCCCCUUAUGUUAGUCCAGGGGACACCUCUCAUAACCCUAAUUUCUACAUGUAUGCCCCUCUGGAUACAUAAGACAACAGUUGGCAUGUAUACUCUUUAUGUGUAUUCUGACCUUACAUUUAAGCUUGAGAAUGCUAAUCAUACCGCUAUUCGUUAGGGGUGGCGGAGGUGUGUCUACGCUGUUUUAAAAAAAACUUAGUUCGCUCAUAAUUCCACCCCCAUUAUGCAUGAUGAAACGAAUAAGGUGGAGCAACCUGUGGCUUCCAAGUGGAACAACAUCUACUUUCUUUUUUUCAAUAGAAAUAAUACCAUUCUCCAUGCACUGUAAUUUACAAAUUCAUAAGAGCUAGGUAAAUGAGUCAGCCGUUUGGAUAAUGGGAUUGUAAUUAUGAAUGUAAUUGUUUUAGAUCUAUUUUACCUUAUGAUAGCUGGAGACAAAAUGUGAAACCAGUCAUUGUCACGAGAAUUUUGU